UAACAAUACGCAGAUUAAAUGAAGCACGUGGGUUAUUGUCGAAGAAUCUUUAUCGUAAUAUAUAGGUUAUUAAACACACUUCUGUUUAUAUAUUUAUAAGUUAAUUAAAAAAUUAAUGUUCGUAAAGUAUUAUAUUUGUUUAAAUCAUAUAUCAUUACUAUAUUGAAAAUGGUGAAAGGAAAGAAGAAGAAUUUGUCUGAAUUUGUACAAUCAAAACAUAUUCAACAAAAAAAGAAAAAUUUAAAUCCUUUUGAAAUACAUAUAAAUAAAGACAAACAGAACGUUUUAGGACGAAAGAGUAAAGCUGACAGAGGUUUGCCUGGUAUAUCACGUGCCAAAGCUAUUAGCAAACGUAAGGGUACGCUCUUUCAAGAGUAUAAAUUGAAAAAUAAAGACAAUGUAUUCUUAGACAAACGCAUAGGUGAAAAAAAUUAUCGCCUGAAACCGGAGGAAAAAGCUAUGGCAAGAUUUACAGCUGAACGUAUGAAGGCGCAUAAAAAGAAAAAUAUUUUUAGUUUAAAUGAUGAAGAAGUAUUAACUCAUAGAGGUCAAACCCUUGAAGAGAUCGAAAAAUUUGAUGAUCCUAAAAGCGAUGAUGAAUUUAGCGAUGAUGAAAAUAAGGAUGGGAAAUUGGAUAAAAAAUUUGUCAGCGAAGCUCACUUUGGAGGUGGCAUGUUAACUAAAUCAGACUCAACUAUGUCUAGAAAAGAUAUCAUCGAACAACUUAUUGCUGACUCUAAAAAACGUAAAGCAGAAAAGCAAAAGAUACGAGAACAAACUUUGGACUUAACAGAAAAACUUGAUACUGAAUGGAAAGAUCUCCUUCCGUUAAUGUCAACGAGUAAAACAUCUAACCAAGAUCCUCCUGAAAAAGUAAGAGUCGAUGAUUAUGACAUGGCUGUACGUGAGUUAAAAUUUGAAGCCAGAGGUAAUCCUACUGAUAGAUUAAAAUCUGAGGAAGAAAUUAUUAAAGAAGAAAAGGAGAAACUAGAAGCACUCGAAGCUGAUCGUUUAGCAAGAAUGAAAGGAUUUAUAACUGAUUCAAAUACACAAUCAAGGCAUAAAUCAGCUGAUGAUCUUGAUGAUGGAUUUUUGGUAGAAAAAAUAUCAGAAGAAGCUCAAAGUAACAAAAUUAAUAAUGACGACAAUACACUUAUUGAUGAUGCUAGUCAAAGCUCUAAUGAUAGUAAUGAUUCUGAAUUAGAUGAAGACGCAAAUGAAGCAGAAAGUGAAAUACAAGAAACGAAUGAGUCUCUUGUGAAUGAUAAAAUUAUAAAAAAUAAGACUGUAGAAAAUAAAAUUAAUCUCAAAUCAAAAAUUCAAAAUGAUGAACACGAAGAAAGUGAUGAAUGCGAAACACAAAAUUCGAAUAACACAGAUGAUGAAGACUCUUCAGAAGAUGAUUUAUCAGAUUUAAAACAAUUUGAUUCCUCUAGUGAAAAUGAGGAGGAAAUAAUUGCUAAAAAAACUGUUAAAUUUGGAAAUACAAUUACUGAAAAAUCAACUAAUUCUAAAAAUGACAAAUUAAAGUCUAUCUUAAAAUCAAAUAAGGAAACAGUUAACGAUAAAAUUGUCAGUGAAGAUAGAAAGCAAGAAAUUAGAAAUGAUCUUUUAAAAAGGAAAGAAGUAAUGGAAAAAGCUAGAAAGGAAUUGCCUUAUACUUAUAAAGCACCAGAAGAUUUCACAGAAUUACAAAAGUUAUUACAAAAUCAAAAUCCCGAUUAUCAAUCGGUUAUUGUGGAUCGUAUAAUAAAAUGUAAUCAUUGGUCCCUAGAUAAUCAGAACAAAGAGAAAUUAUCUAAAUUAUUUAUUUUUUUAAUAGAACAUCUUCUUGUUAGUAGUAUAGAAGAUAGUAAUGUUGAAAACAUUGUAAACUCUUUUCAAAUUUUUGAUAGAUUGUGUCCUUAUCUGUAUGAUUUAGCACAUGCAAAUCCUGAAAAUGCUAAAAAUUGUAUAGUUGAAAUAAUUAAAAAGAAAUAUGAAGAAUUUCAAAGUAAUAAAAAACAGUAUCCUAAUAUAGAUACACUUAUUAUUUUCAAACUGGUAUCGCUAUUAUUUUCAACAUCUGAUUUUAGACACGUAAUUGUUACUCCUUGCUUUAUAUUUAUGUCACAAAUAUUAAUGACAUGUCGUAUUAAAAAUGGAAGAGAUAUAUCGAGGGGUCUCUUCAUAUGUACUCUUAUAUUGGAGUACACGGUAUUGAGUAAACGAUUUGCUCCAUCUGUGAUCAAUUUUCUACGUGGGAUAAUAUUUAUGGCUACACCUAAAAAUUUGAUUCAAGGAAUUAAGGUGAUUCCUCCCUUUAAACAAACUGGUUAUUUAAGUAAUUUAUUAAUAAUUGAUCAGGAAGAAACAGAUGUAGAAAUGGAUUUAAAUAUAGCAAUUAUGAAAGCAAGUGAUUUAGUAAAUGAAGAUAUAGAUAAUGAUUUCAAAAUAAGAGCUUUAUUUACUGCAGUAAAUUUAAUUACUGAAUUUAAAAAUCAACUUCAAGAAUUAGAUUCUGUAUAUCCUAUAUUCGAACCAAUAAUGAAGCUAUUAAAAGAAAACACAUGCAACGGAUAUCCUUCAAGUUUAAAGAAGAAUAUCAAACAACUAUGUGAAGAAAUAGUUAAUUUAAAGAGUAAAAAACUUGAAUAUAUCAUCCGUGAGAAGAAAAGGCCAAAACCAUUAAGACAAUAUGAACCUCGUAUUGAAAAAGUAUACGAUGGUAAAAAGCAUAAGCCUAUGUCUAAAGCAAAAGCAGAAAGGGAAAAAUUACUCCAUAAAUUUAAAAAAGAAACGAAGGGUGCAAUACGUGAAAUAAGAAGGGAUAGAGCAUUCUUAUCCAAAUUACAAAUUAAACAACAGAUCAAGAGCGAUAAUGAACGUAAACGUAAAGUUAAAGAAAUAUUUGGCGAUGCUGCGAAACAACAAAGUGAACUAAAAAAGUUCAAGAAAAGAUAGAUUUAGAAAAUUGUACAAAAAAUCAUAAAUACACGUAUGCAAUUUUAAUCUGUUUAA